AUGAUACAGGAGUUGGAGCUAUUAUUGCAGCUGGUAAUCACCUUGAAAAAGAUUCUCCUUAUCGCUUUGAUUUCGACGGCGGCGGCGCAAGAACAAAAGGUACACCGAGCUACUGGAGCACAGCAAUCGCAAAUUAAGUAUCAGGAUCCCAAUGGCCUGAAAAUCGAUUGGAAGUUCUUCUCUCCCCAAAAUCAAUGGCGGUCUCAACUGCAGAACUCUCAGCCUCCUCAGCAACAAGAGGUUGUUCAUCGUCAGCAAGCAACGCUGAGCAGGCCGCCUCAGUCGCAGCUCGUGCAAGUUGACCAGGAACAGAUACAACAGAGAUCGUACCUGCAACCUCAUGCCCAACCGGAAGCUCAGUCUGAGCUCGAUCAAGUGCAGUACAAAUCGUACGUUCAACCUCAGGUAGUAGAAGCUCCUCAAGAUCCGAAUCAGCCGCAAUACAGAGGGUAUCCGCAACCUCAAGCUCCUGUAGAAACGCAUCCAGACCCUAAUCAGGUGCACUACAACAGAUAUAACGAACCUCCAGCGCACGUGAAGCAAGUCUUGGAUAACUACAAAGAGCAACGUCCCUACGUUGAACAAUCUCCCUUCGGUUACUCGCCGAACGACGCAGUUCCUCAGCAGUACGAGCAGCAAUCGCCGAACGCUGAAUUGCCACAUUACGAGCAACCUUCGGAGAGUUUCGAACACAUAGAGCAGCAGAAAUCCAGGAGAGAGUACCCCGACAGAGGUACGCAAGGUAGAAUCGUGUAUCGAGAGGAAUACGAGCAAUUGCAACAGCAAUUGCAACAGCAACAGCAACAGGAGGCGCAAGAAGUGGGGCACAUACCUGUGCCCAUCGAGAGUUUACCCGUGCAACCUUCUCCGAAACUGGUUCUGAGUAAGGACAUGCCUAGGGAACUCCAACAGUUGUUACAGUUUCAAGCACAGUUACCGUAUGACGUGAUCGCGAACAGCAUCUCUUACAGGCCGAAGAAACUGUUCAUACCGAAGUUAUUGUCAUCUGACGCCAAGGGGCCGUAUAACUAUCGUAGCAAAGUUUAUUACGUGGACAACGGCAGGUACGACGAUGCCUCACAGCCGAUCAAGCCUGUCGAGGAGGAACAGAGGCAUUCGUAA